UACAGAUUGGCAACACGGAUUGUUGUAGACUACACGAAUACAGCAGUAUUUUGGUUUAUAUUUUUUAAAUAAAUCUUCUAAACUAUUUUUUUAAAAUAUGAGACAUUUCGUUACUUUGUGCUUUGUUAUUUUUGCCGUUUUUCAAAUUGUGUUAGCGGACAAAGAAAAUGAAGAUUUCGCUUCGUAUGAGGAGGUAAAGGAUAUACCGAAUCAUCCUGAAAAAUAUUUGAUUGAGGUUAGAAGUAAGGACUUGGUGGAAAAGGAUGGUUCUAUACCCGGCAGCAUUAAUAUACCGUUUAAUGAAUUGGAGGAAGCUUUAAUGUUGAGUGAUGCUGAGUUUGUCUCAAAAUUUGGUGCUGAAAAACCUCCCAAGGAUGCUGUGGUCAUAUUUACAUGCCUAGGUGGUCAAUAUGCUCAAAUGGGUGCUGAUUUGGCUAAAAAGAAUGGCUGGCAAAGAGCUAAACCUUAUUUGGGAUCAUGGUUGGAAUGGUCUAAAAGAGAAGGUUUACAAUAAACAAAGGAUUCUGGAAUACAACAACCAUUUAAUGAACUACGAAAAAUAAAUACAAAUAAUGGAAUAAAUGAGUUUAUGUACAUGUGUAUGAUUUAAUUAAUAACUGAAAGCAAUUGCA